UCGCGAACUUCACCUCAAACUCAUCAACGCGACUCUAGAGUUCGAUCCCACAUCCCUUCUCCGUUUUCGCAAACAUUCAAUCAAUGUCCAUACCUUCCCGGUAGAUCUUCUUUCGUCGUCCAAGAACGAGAGACAGCUCUGCGGGUUUGGGUUUGCGCAGGAAUACCAGCUACUUCGAUGGUACCUUCAAAAGGAGGGACUUUUACACCUUCGCCGGCUCAGCAGAGAAUAGAGACAGGUAUCAGCCAUUCGCCCCACGGCUCUCACCACGGCCCCUUCAGUGCUGGCGCGAGUCCAAGCACUAGUAGCCCAACUGGAUCCAACGUCACCAAAAUUGUCGUUGCCCAGGUUUACCUCCUCCUCAGCACCAUCAAGGAGGAUAAAGAUCGCACAAAGUGGGAACAACAAGCUGAGCAGAUCAGAAAGCUGGUCGAUGAGCACGGCAUGGACAUAUUUCCGAAAUACUUCACCCGUCUCGUGGUUGGCAAUGCUCCUCAGAUCUUCCCGGGCUCCAACCGUGGUCCAAUAGGCAAUGGAGGGAACUACGAGAUCCUCGUUCGUGAGGUACGCAAGAUUAGACAAGACGUAGAACAAGCUAGGAGGAUUGCGGAGUCGAUAGAGACUGCCAAUGAGGACCUCUUUCGAGAUUUCGACCUCUCGACGUUCAUGGAACACUUCAAGCUGGACGCGCUCGAGAAGACAGUUCUGGCCUUAGCGUUCAAGAUUGGCCCUAGAUCAGACUUGAAAACCAAAGCUGAUGCCAUCCUCUCUACGAAUUACACGCCAUUUCUCCAAAUCCUAGCCCAACCCUUAGAAGACGAUGUUCUCUCCGAUGAGUUCGUAGCAACAAUCGUUGACCGAUUUAUACAAUACCACCCCCCGAACUUUGACCAACAAGCUAAGAAAGACCUCGAGACGGCUAUUUCGUAUCGUUAUGUGGGGUUAGAUCGUGCACCUCCAGCGAUCGUGCUUUCGGCACUUUAUCUAAGAAGCCUACUCGAUGGUAGCAAUCCUUUCGCUUCAUACAUACAACAGGUUGGAAAUGGAUUUACAGCUGACGAAGAGACUUGCAAAACUCACCUACAAAAUCUGCCAGGCAUUCAGAUAACAGAGAAAUUCGCCUCUUCUGCCUUACUGUACACCGCGAUCAGUCGAACCCCUGUAUUCUCUCCAUCGGUCUUGGCAAACACAUUACGCAUGUCUGCUCCUAAUUUGCGUUGGUCAUCCAUAAUCGACUAUUUCGAUAUACCAGAUCUCCGAAUAUCCAGGGAACAACUUCUGGCAAUAUAUGAAGCACUACUACCAUUGGCUGUGGACGGAGCCUUGGACGUUCAACAAUUAUGGGGUGGGCAAUGGACAAAUCCGGAGACACAGUUGUCGUUCAUUAAUGCGUUCACCUCUCUGACCUCGGACCUGCUAGAUGCAAGCACCAUUCCCAACCUUCAACCAGCCUUUACGGUUGCAGAAUUUUCGCAUGCAGAGCCCGAGAUUCAAGAAAGAGCAGCUCAAGCAGCCAGGCAUCCGUUAGUCUCAGUGGUGGCUUUGUCUGCAAUGUUCAACGUAGCGUUAGACUCACCUACUGCAUCGGAUUCCCCAGAGGCAAAGAGACUGUUCCAAGAUGUUGUUGUUCCUAAUCUAGACAUAUUCCUGGUAGCUGCGUUUGGCGUACCCAAGCCGUGGCCAGACCUCGCAUCUGAUACGAUUACAAAUCUGUUCGAGCGGUUCCUGUACAAAUUCGAUCCUAACUAUAACUUCGUUCUGGAAGGUCUAUGGAUCAAGGAUCAGCCCUGGGUGUUCGGUCGGCUAACUGACACGCAUGCCAAAUCACCCAGUGAUCUGACAAUCAUAAUGGAUCACGCAGUCCGACACAAUUGGAUUGAUCAAUUGGUAUCUCAGCCUACUGGAUUCUCGAUGGACUUGGCUUCUGUGGCAUGCGGGCGUGGCUUAGUGGACCUGGAGGACUGGGCACAAAAACAAGCGGCAAUACGAGCGGAUUUUGUCGAGUCACUCCUGACCUUCCUCAGCAUCAAAGCCCAGCACGAACUCGACCUUCAACGACAGGGAGAACUGCGUAGUGUCGCGCUGACUGUAAAGGCAGUGUGGCAACUCUUGCACAUUGUGGAGGACCUUUUACCCAAACCUAAGACACCUUCCCAUGAUUUGAUCGUCGUCCAAAGAACAUGCAUCACGGCAUACCCUCGCUUGAUCAACUACGACCAAGGUUUUGACGAUAUCAUUGACGCAAAUGGGGCGAACGGUAACUCGCUUCCCAAGGAAUCUGUGGCACAGAUGGAAGAGCACUAUAAACGCAUGUACAGCGAUGAGGUCCAAGUUCGUACCGUUGUCGAAGCUCUCAACCAGUACAAACAUUCACGUGGACCAGCCGAGCAGGAUGUUUUUGCUUGUAUGAUUCAUGGACUAUUCGACGAGUAUGCCCUUUAUCACACCUAUCCACUUGAGGCUCUGGCAACCACUGCUGUUCUUUUCGGUGGUAUCAUCUCUCACAGACUGAUCGAUGAUUUACCCCUCCAGAUUGGAUUGGGUAUGAUACUCGAAGCUGUUCGUGACUAUACCCCAACGCAGUCAAUGUACAAAUUCGGGUUGCAAGCACUUAUGCAACUAUUUCCUCGGUUACGUGAAUGGCCUGGUUUCUGCAUGCAGCUCCUCCAGAUCCCUGGCCUACAAAAUACCGAAGCAUGGGCCAAAGCCAAAGAAGCUGCCCAAUAUCAGCAAGAGCUCGAUCGAAAUGCACCUCCUGGUAUCAAUGGCGGUCUUGGAGCUAUCACCAAUGGCGACUUAGACGACAUGCCCAUUCCAGCUCUACCCGCAUUUGCAUCUCUUCACGUGGAAGAUCCGCAAUAUGAGUACGAGGACCCCGAUGAGGACAUGCAAGACAAGAUUCAGUUCGUACUCAACAACAUCACUGCAGAAAACCUUGACUCUAAGUUCCUUGAACUCAAAGACGUCGUCACCGAACAAAAUCUGCAAUGGUUUGCUGGGCAUUUGGUGCAGGAGCGGGCCAAGAUGCAGCCAAACUUCCAUGAGCUCUACUUGAAUCUUGUCAGGCUUUUCAGCAAAAAGUCUUUAUGGGCAGAGCUGUUGCGUGAGACAUAUCUCUGUGCAUUUCGAACACUUAAUUCGGAGGCCACCUUAAACAGCACCCAUGAACGCCAAUUUCUGAAGAAUCUUGCAACAUGGCUCGGAGCCCUCACACUGGCCCGCGAUAAGCCGAUCAAGCACAAGAACAUUGCAUUCAAGCAGCUCUUGGCCGAAGGUCUCGAUUCCCAACGGCUCAUUGUUGUAAUUCCAUUUGUGUGUAAGCUGUUGGUGCAAGGCCAAUACUCUACUAUUUUCAAGCCACCCAACCCUUGGAUCAUGGAUAUUAUAAAGGCGCUCAUGGAACUGUACCACAAGGCCGAUCUGAAGCUUAACAUGAAGUUUGAGAUCGAAGUUCUUUGUGCAGACUUAGGUUUGGACCACAAAACCAUUGAGCCAUCCGACGAGAUUAUGAACCGCAUUCCAGACAUCGAUCCUGGCGAGGUCAUGGCUCCAGAAGGCUUGGACAGAUUUGACAACCUAUCUCUGAAUGGAAUGGCUGGUGGAGUUGGUGGAGGCCGAUUUUCACCUCAGGAAAUCACCUCCUCUAUUCCAGAUCUAGGACCUCUGCUGAAUUAUCCUCCUACGAAUGACAUGGUCAACCAAGGUCGCUUGCAAGAAAUCGUGAGAACAGCCAUCACCAGAGCAGUCCACGAGAUCAUAUCCCCUGUGGUUGAGCGCUCUGUUACCAUUGCGGCUAUCUCUACGGCGCAGAUGAUACACAAAGACUUCGCCACUGAAUCAUCCGAAACCAGACUCCGUUCUGCCGCGAUCAACAUGGUCAAGAAGACUGCUGGUGCUUUGGCUUUGGUUACAUCGAAAGAGCCACUACGUGCAAGCAUGACCAACUACAUUCGUGGGAUGUCCGGCGAAUUAGCACAAGGUCUGCCAGAAGGCACCAUCAUCAUGUGUGUUAACUCGAACUUAGACUUGGCUUGCAGUCAAGUGGAGAAGAAGGCAGAAGAGCGAGCUGUGCCCGAGAUUGAAGAUAUGAUUGAGCCAGAACUCGAAGCUCGCCGCCUUCAUCGACUGAACAGACCGGAAGAGCCGUAUGUUGAUCCAAAUUUGAAUCGGUGGUCGUGGACUAUCCCUCCCCCUUACAAGUUGCAGCCUUCUAUGGCCGGGUUGAAUCAGGAGCAGAUGGCCAUCUACGAUGAGUUCGCACGGCAGCCACGAAUCCCAGCAUCGCUAGGUAGCACCACCCACGUACCUUCCACUUCCGAUGCAACCAGGUCUAUGGCAAACGACAUCCUUCAAGAUCAGUACCCAGCAGUACCAAAUCUUCCUACGCCAGCAGAACCUCCCGCCAUGCCGCAUAUUGGUACACAACAGCCAGCGUACGCCCAGCACAACACAAUCAUGGCUAAUGGCCGUAUGCCAUCGUUGCAAGUGGGCCCUGCUUCAGUCAUUGAACGCUUGCAAAGGACAUUGGCGGAACUCGAACGCGCUGUUCAAGAUUCGCCUGAACAGCACUUUCGAUCACUUCGCCAACCCCAUCCAGUUCUCGACGCUUUUGAUACCGUCAUGACCUUGGUCAUUCGAAGCUGUCAAACUGACGCCCUCGAUGUGCCCAUUGUGCCCAUCGUCGAUUUCAUCUCCAAAUCGCUUUUUGGGGGCAGUGAGCAUGAUCUUCUUGUGGAAUCUUUGGUCCUCGUGUUACGGAACAUUUGCAGACUUUCUAUCCGUGCUUCUCAGCUUGUGCACAACACCGUUGAGAACCAAGCAGGGGAUGCCCUCUUGCACGUUCCAUUGGCAGUCACUCUUGUUGAAAAUGAGAUGGUCGACUGGCAGCGCAUCGAUCAAGAAACGACCAAAGCCAUCAAGCAACACAAGGAAGAAGCAAUCCAAUUCUUAUCUGCACUGUUGGAUGCGGUCCUUCUUAAUGAUCGGCCUGUAGCUUUGUAUGCUGACUUCGCCAGCAGCUUAGAAGCCGCUUGGAAGUGGAUUGAGGAAGAUCCGUCCCUCGAGAUCGGCCAGCAGCUGAAGGAGAAAUUGAUAAGCUCGGGUCUUCCCCAGGCACAGAACGCGGGCAGUAAUGAUGAACGUAUAACAUUUGUCCGUGAACAGAUGGGAUACGUCUUCGAGGAAUGGGUGAGACUUUGCAACAAUCCUAACGCCUCGGAUAAAGCCUCCCUCGAGUUCAUCUCUCAGAUGUACAACAGGCAGGUAAUCAACAAUCGGGACGAUCUUUGCCUCUUCUUGCGCCUGUCAAUCGAAUCCUCUAUCGAUCGUUUCGAGCAACAUAUUCAACACAACGGAAGCAUCAACGACGCCUACAUUCCUAUAGACUCUUUGGCUAAGCUUAUCGCCAUGCUAGUCAAAGGUCGUGAGCAAGAAGGAGAGGUCAAAGCUGACAAAGCCGCAUAUCUCAAGUCGAUUUCAUCCCUCGUUGUCCUCAUUCUGAACCACCAUCACGUUACGCGUGGAGAGCUGUUCAACCAGAAGGUGUUCUUCAGAUUGCUGUCCACCAUGCUUUGCGAAUUUAGCAUGUCUGCUGACCACUUUUCUGACUCCGAGAACCAAGAUAUCAUGCUUGUCUUUGCUCAUGUAUUCCUGCAGACUCGACCAGCAUAUUUCCCAGGCUUCUUAUUUGGAUGGCUCAGUUUGGUUUCACAUCGAAAUUUCUUACCUGUGUUACUAAGACUUCCGGAUCAGCUUGGCUGGGGCCCAUGCGCUGAACUUGUGGAAGGGCUGACGUCCUUUACGGGCAAUCUUCUGAAGCCAUUGCAGAUUCAAGGUCAUACGAAAGAAGUCUACCGAGGCGUGCUCAAAUUUCUCCUUAUGUUGCAACACGACUUCCCGGACUUCUUAGCUGCUAAUCAUUCUCAGCUGGGUAACAACAUUCCAAAUCAUUGUGUCCAACUUCAUAAUUUGAUUUUGACCGCAAAUCCUGCAUCAUACAAGAUGCCCGAUCCAUUACAACCGGGCUUGAAAAUUGACCGCGUGGAGGAAAUCCGUGUGUCUCCCGCCAACAUGAAUGAUGUCGAGAUUCCACUGCGCCAGACAGGUCUAUUCGAUGUCAUCAACCAAGCAUUCGAGACGGGAGCUUCUGAGCAUGCAGUUGCUCAGAUUGCGCAUGCGAUUCAACGAAGAAAAACUCGACAAUCUGGUCUAGGCUUCGUACCUAUUUCAGUUGAUCUGAAUCUCAUGGAGGCUCUGGUCGUUUAUAUUGGAGUGCAGUCAAUCGCUCGCGCUGAACAGAAAGGGGCUCCGACAUUUGUUCCCGGAUCUCCUGAUGCCGUCCUCCUAUCCAUGCUUGUUCACGAACUUAAUCCCGAGGCACGCUACUUCCUCAUCAGUAGCAUCAUCAAUCAACUUCGAUUCCCAAGUACGCAUACCCACUACUUCAGCCAAGCACUUCUAGGAUUCUUUGGCAGUGACGUCAAUGAUCCAGAAGAACUUGAUAUUCGCCAGCAGGUCACCCGAAUUCUAUUGGAACGCUUGCUGGGACAGUGGCCGCAUCCUUGGGGACUGAUCGUCACGGUCCAAGAAUUAGUCAAGAAUGACCAGCUUAUGUUCUUUGAGCUUCCCUUCAUCAAGUCGUCACCAGAUAUCCAAGAACGCUUUAUGGCUCUGGCUUCUCGGGGAUGAUUCUACAAAUCUGGCAACAUCGAACCCUCAAAAUCAACGGAGGCUAGAUGCUGACCACGACACGAACCCAAUUGCGCAAGCU